GGGGAAGGCAGUGGAAACCUCGGGCAAAAGUUAGCAGCUAGGGAGUGCAUGGUGUCCCCUUCCUAGCUAUCUGGGCCUUUUGGAUUCGGAUCGACCCCCCCCCCCCCCCCCCCCCCCCGGAGGCGCAAACGAUCUCCUGGAGAGGGUGGAUCCAAGCAGGACAGGGCGUCAGGGUGGGGAGGAGGCUCCUCGGGAGGCCGUGCAUCUUUUGGAGUUUCCUGAGUCCACUUAAGAAGACAGGCAUAAAGCAAAAGGAAAUAAAAGAAAAGCUGAUUCAGUAUUUGGAGUUUUAUCUCCUUGCUGACUGAUUUAAGUGCCUUGGAUUUGUUUACAAUUCCAUAGACCUAGAGGAGUCCCAGGAUGGUUUCUGGAGUGGUAUAGUGCUGCACCACCUGGGAAAAAGAGACUCUGUUGGUUUCGUGCCACAGGAAAGAGCAUGGCAGCCUCCAGGACGCCCUCACGGUCUCCUCGGACCCCGCGGGACAUCGCCAACGUCAUGCAAAGGCUGCAAGAUGAGCAAGAAAUAGUACAGAAACGUACCUUCACAAAAUGGAUCAAUUCUCAUCUGGCCAAGCGGAAACCCCCAAUGGUGGUAGAUGAUCUCUUUGAAGACAUGAAAGAUGGUGUUAAGCUGCUAGCUCUUCUGGAAGUACUUUCUGGACAGAAACUGCCUUGUGAACAAGGACGCCGUAUGAAGCGAAUCCAUGCCGUGUCUAACAUUGGCACAGCGCUCAAGUUCCUAGAAGGAAGAAAGUCCAUUUACAGAGGAUCACCGAUAAAAUUGGUCAACAUUAACUCCACUGAUAUCGCUGAUGGCCGACCCUCCAUCGUUCUUGGGCUAAUGUGGACCAUCAUUCUGUAUUUCCAGAUCGAGGAGCUGACCAGCAACCUGCCUCAGCUGCAGUCUUUGUCCAGCAGCGCCUCCUCUUUGGACAGCAUGCUCAGCGCGGAGACAGCCAGCCCCCCCAGCAAACGGAAAGUCUCCACCAAGAUCCAGGGGAAUGCGAAGAAAGCUUUACUGAAGUGGGUCCAGUACUCAGCAGCCAAGCAGAGUGGAAUAGAAGUAAAGGACUUUGGGAAAAGUUGGAGAAGUGGAGUGGCCUUUCAUUCCGUCAUCCAUUCCAUUCGACCAGAACUAGUGGACUUUGAGAAAGUCAGAGGAAGAUCAAACCGAGAAAACCUGGAGGAGGCUUUCACCAUUGCUGAAACAGAACUGGGGAUCCCAAGGUUACUAGAUCCUGAAGAUGUUGAUGUGGACAAACCAGAUGAGAAGUCUAUUAUGACUUACGUGGCUCAGUUUCUGAAGCAUUAUCCCGACAUUCACAACACAGGCAUGGAUGAGCAGGAGAAAGAAGAAAUUUUUCCAGGUUUACUAUAUUUUACAAAUUCUACCCAAAAUUUUAAGAGAGAAGACAGGCUAAUUUUGAAGGAAACGAAAGUUUGGAUAGAUCAAUUUGAAAGAGAUUUGACAAGAGCCCAGGUGGCAGAAUCAAACUUGCAUGAUAAGUAUCAGUCAUUUAAGCACUUCAGAGUUCAGUAUGAACUGAAAAGGAAACAGAUUGAGCACUUAAUUCAACCAUUACACAGAGAUGGUAAAUUGACACUUGACCAAGCACUGGUAAAGCAAUCCUGGGACAGAGUGUCCUCUAGGCUCUUCGACUGGCACAGACAGCUUGAUAAAUCUCUUCCUGCACCUCUGGGCACCAUAGGUGCCUGGUUAUACAGAGCAGAAGUGGCUCUAAGAGAGGAGAUAGCCAUCCAACAGGUCCAUGAGGAUACAGCUAACACAAUACAGCAGAAACUGGAACAGCAUAAGGAUCUGCUUCAGAACACAGAUGCCCACAAGAGAGCAUUCCAUGAAAUCUACCGGACUAGGUCUGUUAAUGGAAUCCCCGUGCCUCCCGAGCAAUUAGAGGACAUGGCUGAGAGGUUUCAUUUUGUUUCCUCCACAUCAGAGCUGCACUUAAUGAAAAUGGAAUUUCUGGAAUUAAAGUACCGUCUGCUCUCACUGCUGGUUCUUGCAGAGUCAAAGCUGAAGUCUUGGAUUAUCAAGUAUGGGAGGAGAGAGUCCGUAGAGCUGCUUCUGCAAAACUAUAUUUCUUUUAUAGAAAACAGCAAGUUCUUCGAACAAUAUGAAGUGACAUACCAGAUCUUGAAACAGACUGCUGAGAUGUACGUCAAAGCUGACGGCUCAGUGGAAGAAGCCGAGAAUGUGAUGAAAUUCAUGAAUGACACAACGGCCCAGUGGAGGAACCUCUCUGUAGAAGUGAGGAGUGUGCGAAGCAUGCUGGAAGAAGUUAUUGCCAACUGGGAUCGAUACGGCAACACAGUGGCUAGCCUUCAAGCCUGGCUAGAGGAUGCUGAGAAAAUGCUAAAUCAGUCAGAACUUGCCAAAAAGGAUUUUUUUCGAAAUCUGCCUCAUUGGAUUCAGCAACACAGCGCCAUGAACGAUGCUGGCAAUUUUCUAAUCGAAACAUGUGAUGAGAUGGUUUCCCGAGAUCUGAAACAGCAGUUAUUAUUACUCAAUGGGCGAUGGAGGGAGCUGUUCAUGGAAGUCAAGCAAUAUGCUCGAGCCGACGAGCUGGACAGAAUGAAGAAAGAGUACACAGCUUGUAUUGCUAAACUGUCUGAUUUUGCAGCUGAAUCUCAGAGGAAACUUCUGGAGCCUUUAGAAGUCUCUUUUAUUAAUGUCAAGUUGUUAAUUCAAGACCUAGAGGAUAUGGAGCAGAGAGUACCUCUGAUGGAUGCCCAGUUCAAAAUAAUCACAAAGACAGCACACCUUAUCACCAAAGAGAGUUCCCAAGAUGAGGCCAAUGAGAUGUUUGCCACCAUGUCGCGACUCAAGGAGCAGCUUGGCAAGGUCAAAGACAGUUGCUCCCCACUCCUCUGUGAGUCUCAGCAGUUGUCGAUACCAUUAGAGGAAUUGGAGAAGCAGAUGACAUUGUUUUAUGAGUGCCUUGGGAAAAUCAAUGAAACUAUUACAGUUCUUGAGCGUGAGGCCCAAUCUAGUGCUCUAUUUAAACAAAAACAACAGGAACUGGCUGCUUGCCAAGAAAGCUGUAAGAAAACAAUGGCGCUCAUAGAGAAAGGCAGUCAAAGUGUCCAGAAGUUUGUGACCAUGAGCCACGUGCUAAAGCAUUUUGAUCAGACAAAGCUCCAGCGACAGAUUUCAGGUGCUCAUGCUGCUUUUCAGAAUAUGGUCAAGAAAACUGGAGAUUGGAAGAAGCACGUGGAAACCAACAGUCGCCUGAUGAAGAAAUUUGAGGAGUCUCGAGCUGAGCUGGAGAAGGUGCUGAGGACUGCCCAGGAGGGCCUGGAGGAGAAGGGGGACCCGGGAGAUCUCUUGAAGAAACACACUGAGUUUUUCAGUCAGUUGGACCAGCGGGUGCUCAAUGCUUUCCUCAAAGCUUGUGAUGAGCUCACAGACAUUCUCCCUGAGCAGGAGCAGCAGGGCCUGCAGGAUGCUGUUCGGAAGCUCCACAAGCAGUGGAAGGAUCUCCAAGGUGAGGCACCCUACCACCUGCUCCAUCUGAAGAUUGAUGUGGAGAAGAACAAAUUCUUGGCCUCUGUGGAGGAAUGCAGACUUGAGCUAGCUCGAGAGUCCAAGCUCGUGGCCCAGGAAGGCAGUGAAAAGAUUCUUCAAGAGCACAAGGUUUUCUUCAGUGACAAAGGUCCUCAUCAUGUCUGCGAGAAAAGGUUACAGCUCAUUGAAGAGCUCUGUCUGAAGCUUCCGGUCCGGGACCCAGUCAGGAACACACCUGAAAGCUGCCAGUCAACUCUCAAAGAGCUUCGCACUGCCAUUGACAGCACCUGUGGGCAGCUCAUGGCAGACCCAGACAAGUGGAAAGAAUACACCAGCAGGAUGUCUGAACUUUCCUCUUGGAUAUCCGCCAAGGAGACACAGUUGAAGGGGAUUCAGAGUGAGGCUAUCGAUUCUGCCAGCCAUGAGGAGGUGGAAAACGCUGUAGCGGAGAUCAGAAGUGCCGUGGCCAAAAAGGGGGAGACCCUCAGUUGGCUGAAAUCCAGACUUAAAGUCUUGAUUGAAGUUUCUUCUGAGAAUGAAGCCCAAAAGCAAGGAGAUGAACUGGCUAAAUUAUCCAGUUCCUUCAAGGCACUCACGACUCUGUUGUCAGAGGUUGAAAAGAUGGUGAACAACUUUGGGGAAUGUGUCCAGUACAAAGAACUAGUCAGAAGUUCCCUUGAAGACCUGAUUUCUGGCUCUAAGGAUGUGCAGGAGCAAGCUGACAAGAUCUUGGACACUGAGAACCUGUUGGAAGCACAGCAGCUACUUCUUCACCACCAGCAAAAGACAAAAAGAAUCUCUGCAAAGAAAAAAGACGUGCAACACCAGAUUGCUCAGGCUCAGCAGGGAGAAGGUGGGCUGUCUGACCGAGUCCAGGAUGAGCUCCGGAAGUUGGAGAACACUCUAGACAGUGUGGAGCAUAGCAGGGAGAAGCAGGAGCGCCGCAUGCAGGUCACUUUAAGGAAAUGGGAACGAUUUGAAUCGAACAAAGAGACUGUGGUUAGAUACCUUUUUCAAACAGGUUCCAGCCAUGAACGCUUCUUGAGUUUUAGCAGUUUGGAAAGUUUAUCUUCAGAACUGGAACAGACAAAGGAGUUUUCUAAACGAACAGAAGGCAUUGCAGUCCAGGCAGACAACCUGGUGAAGGAAGCCACAGAGAUUCCACUGGGGCCCAAGAAUAAACAGCUGCUUCAGCAGCAGGCUAAGUCAAUCAAAGAGCAAGUCAAAAAACUAGAAGACACACUUGAAGAAGAUAUUAAAACCAUGGAAAUGGUGAAAAACAAAUGGGAUGAAUUUGGGAAUCAUUUUGAGACCUUGUCUGCCUGGAUAACUGAAAAAGAAAAUGAACUUAAUAACUUGGACACUUCUUCAUCUGCCAUGGAUGUGCAAAUCAACCAAAUCAAGGUCAUGAUUCAGGAAAUAGAAAGUAAGAUCUGCAGUAUUACAGAGCUGGAAGAAGAAGCUCAGUCUUUUUCUCAAUUUGUUACCACUGGAGAAUCUGCUAGGAUCAAAGCCAAGCUGACACAAAUAAGGAGAUAUUGGGAAGAACUCCGCGAGCAUGCACAGUGUCUGGAAGGAACAGUCCUGGGACAGUUAGCUCAGCAGCAAAAGUUUGAAGAGACUCUCAACAAGAUCCAGAAGUCUAUGACUGAGUUUGAAGAGAAACUUGCUGAUCCAAUUAAAAUAUGUUCUUCAGCUACAGAAACAUACGUGGUUCUCCAAGAACACAUGGAUAUCUGCCAGGCACUAGAGUCUCUGGCCAGCACUGUAGCUGCUUUCUCAGCCAGUGCUUGGAAAGUCCCCAAGAGACAGUCCUCUGUGCAGGAGGCAGAGACCCUGCAGCAGACAUAUGAAGGGAUGCUGAGCCUGGCUAAGGAGAGACAGACAACACUGGAUAAGCUGCUUGCUCACUGGCAGAGGCUAGAGAAAGAACUGUCGACUUUUAUGACCUGGUUAGAGCGGUGUGAGGCCAUAGCCAGUUCCUCCAAAAUGGACAUUUCUGCAGACAGAGCCAAAGUGGAGAGUGAGCUUCAGUUAACACAGGCACUGCAAGAUGACGUUGUAUCCCAGGCGUCUUCCUAUAGCAGCCUUUUGCAGCUGAAGGAGGCACUAUUCUCAGUGGCGUCCAGAGAGGAUGUGCAAGUCAUGAGACUACAUUUGGAGCAGUUAGAUGAAAGAUGGAGAGACUUGCCGAGGAUGAUUAGUAAAAGGGUUAAUUUGCUCCAGUCUCUGGUGGCUGAACACCAGCAGUUUGAUGAAUUGCUGCUUUCUUUUUCUGUCUGGAUGAAGAUGUUUCUCAGUGAAUUACAAACAUCUUCAGAGAUAAACCUAGUGGACCACCAUGCAGCCCUUACCCGGCACAAGGACCACACAGCAGAAGUCGAGAGCAAAAGGGGGGAGCUUCAGAGUCUAAGGGGACACCUGGCCAGGCUAUGCACACUGGGGCAGGCAGAGGACCUGCAUCUCCUGCAGGGCAAGGCAGAGGACUGCUUCCAACUGUUCGAGGAGGCCAGCCAGGUGGUGGAGAGGAGGCAGGUUGCCCUGGCCCAGCUGGCUGAGUUCCUGCAGAGCCAUGCCUCCCUGUCAGGCCUUCUCCACCAGCUGCGGCAAAUGGUGGAGGCGACCCAGAGCAUGAAUAAGAAGCAGUCUGAUCUCUUAGCAAAGGACCUCAGUGGUGCCAUCCAGGAUGUGAAGGCUCUAGAGUCCAGUGCCAUCAGCUUGGACAGCCUCCUCGCCAAAGCCCAGUACCACCUGAAGAGUGGAAGCUCUGAGCAGAGGACUUCCUGCAGGACGACCGCAGAUCACCUGGGUUUGGAAUUGGAGAGGAUUCAGAACCUUCUGGGAAGCAAGCAGAGCGAGGCAGAUGCCCUGGCCACACUAAAGGUGGCGUUCCAAGACCAGAAAGAGGAACUGCUGAAGAGCAUUGAGGACAUAGAAGAGCGGACCGACAGAGAGCGAUUAAAAGAGCCUACACGCCAAGCUCUUCAGCAGAGGUUGAGAGUCUUUAAUCAGCUGGAAGACGAGCUGAAUUCUCACGAGCAUGAACUCUGCUGGCUGAAAGACAAAGCUAAGCAGAUUGCCCAGAGAGACGUAGCUUUUGCGCCUCAAGUCGACAGAGAGAUAAACCGCUUAGACGUCACUUGGGAGGAUACCAAAAAACUCAUUCAUGAAAACCAGGGCCAAUGCUGUGGACUUAUUGACCUAGUGAGAGAAUAUCAAAACUGGAAAUCAGCUAUAUCCAAAGUCUUAGAAAAUGCCAGCAAUGUGAUUGAUAUCAGAACUACUAUAAAAGAUCAAGAGGAUCUUAAGUGGAUUUUGUCCAAGCAUGAAACUGCCAAGAAUGCAAUGGCCAAUAAGCAGAAAGAACUGGAUAACUUUACCAGUAAAGGAAAACAAUUGUUAUCUGAGUUGAAAAAAAUUCACAGUAGUGAUUUCAUCUUGGUGAAAACAGACAUGGAGAGUACUGUGGACAAAUGGCUUGACGUGUCAGAGAAGAUCGAAGGAAACAUGGAUAGGCUGAGGGUCAGCCUAUCCAUCUGGGAUGAUGUGCUCUCUGGGAAAGAUGAGAUUGACAGGUGGUCGAACAGCUCCGUUCCACAGCUGACUGAAAGUAUCAGCAACCUGAACAACAGCCUCCAAACAGAACAUUUUCUUAAAGAAUUUGAGUCUGAAGUUAAAAGCAAAGCUCUGAGACUGGAAGAACUUCAUUCUAAAGUGAAUGAUCUUAAAGAAUUAACCAAGAAUCCAGAAACACCACCAGACCUUCAGUUUAUCGAAGCAGACCUGAGACAGAAGCUGGAGCAUGCCAAAGAAAUUACCGAGGAAGCAAAAGGAACUUUGAAAGCUUUUACGGCUCAGAGUACCCAAGUGGAGAAAUUUAUUAGUGACAUAGCAAGCUGGCUGACAAAACUAGAGGAAUCCCUCAUGAGUUGUGCCCAAACUGAGACAUGUGAAGGACUGAAGAAAGUAAAAGAAAUACAAAAAGAACUCCAGAGUCAGCAGAGCAACAUCAGCUCCACCCAAGAGAAUCUGAAUAGCUUGUGCCGCAAGUACCCUUCUGUGGAGCUGGAGAGGCUGGGCAGCGCCAUGACUGGACUGAUAAAGCAACAGGAAGCCAUGAACCAGCUGUGUUCCAGAACACAGGCCAGCCUUCAGGAUUCUCUGGAAAAACACUUCAGUGAAUCUAUGCUGGAGUUUCAAGAAUGGUUUUCUGGAAUCAAAGCAGCAGCAAAGGAAUCAUCCAACAGAACUGGUGACAGCAAGGUUCUAGAAGCAAAGCUCCAUGAUCUCCAGCAGAACAUUCUGGACUCUAUCAGUGAUGGGCAAAGCAAGCUUGAUGCUGUAACUCAAGAAGGACAAACUUUAUAUGCAUAUUUGUCUAAGCAAAUUGUCAGUAGCAUUCAGGAACAAAUCACACAGGCAAAUGAAGAGUUUCAAGCCUUUCUGAAACAAUGCCUUAAAGACAAACAGGCUCUUCAAGACUGUGCCUUAGAACUUGGGAGCUUUGAGGAUCAGCACAGAAAACUGAAUGCAUGGAUCCAUGAAAUGAGCGAAAGGUUAAGUGCUGAAAACUUAGGAGAGAACAAACAACACAUUCCUGAGAAGAAAAAUGAAGUUCAUAAAGUUGAAAUGUUUCUGGGAGAGCUACUGGCUGCAAGAGAGUCACUGGAUAAGCUUUCCCAGCGCGGGCAGCUCCUCAGCGAGGAAGGCCAUGGAGCGGGGCAGGAGGGCCGCCUGUGCUCACAACUCCUUGCUCACUACCAGAGUCUGCUCAGAAUGACCAAAGACAAGCUGCGGGCCUGCCAGAUGGCCCUGCAGGAACAUGAGGCCCUGGAGGAGGCUCUGCAGAACAUGUGGACCUGGCUGAAGGACGUCCAGGACAGGCUGGCCUGUGCAGAGAGCACCGUGGGAAACAGAGAGACAUUGGAGAGACGCCUCUCACAAGUCCAGGAGAUUCUCCUGAUGAAAGGGGAAGGGGAAGUGAAGCUGAAUAUGGCCAUUGGGAAAGGAGAGCAGGCCUUGAGGAGCAGCAACAAAGAAGGUCAGAAGGUGAUUCAGACUCAGCUCCAGACACUGAAAGACGUGUGGGCGAACAUCACGAGCUCUUCCACCUAUGCUCAGAGCACUCUAGAGUCAGUGGUGAGUCAAUGGAAUGACUACGUGGAGUGGAAAACCCAGUUGGAGCAGUGGAUGGACUCUGUGGACCAUAAAGUAGAGCAUCCCUUGCCACUCCAGCCAGGUCUGAAAGAGAAGUUCACUCUUCUGGACCACUAUCAGUCCAUCAUAUCCGAGGCUGAGGACCACGCUGGAGCCCUGCAGCGCGUAAGGGCCAAAGCCAGGGAGCUCUACCAGAAAACAGAGGAAGAGUCUUUCAAGGAAGCGGCUCAAGAAGAACUGAGAACCCAGCUUAAUGAUAUCAUGACUGUUGCCAAGGAGAAAAUGAGGGAAGUCGAAGAGAUUGUGAAAGAUCACCUCAUAUACUUGGAUGCAGUCCAGGAGUUCACAGCCUGGCUACAUUCAGCAAAGGAAGAACUCCACCGGUGGUCAGAUACAUCUGGGGACUCAACAGCCUCCCAGAAAAAGCUGUCCAAAAUUAAGGAGCUGAUGGAUUCCAGAGAGAUUGGGACAAGCCGCCUGAGCAGAGUGGAGUGGCUGGCUCCUGCCGUGAAACAGAACACAACCGCCAGUGGGUGUGAGCUGCUGGACGCAGAGAUGCAGGCCUUGCGAGCGGACUGGAAGCAGUGGGAAGACAGCGUCUUCCAAACGCAGAGCAGCCUGGAGACCCUGGUGAACCAGAUGGCCCUUUCUGAGCACGAAUUCACAGGCCAAGUGGCUCAACUGGAGCAGGCCCUGGAGCAGUUCCAUUCCCUGCUCACAGCAUGGGCUCAGCAGUUAACCCUCCUGGAAGGCAAGAAUACAGACCAGGAGGUAGUGGAUAGCUGGCAGAAAGGACAAGAGAUACUGGGUGCUUUACAAGAAGCAGAGCCUAAGAAAGAGGAUCUCAAGUCUCAACUGAAUGAACUUUGUCGAUUUUCCAGAGAUCUAAGUACUUACAGUGGCAAAGUUUCUGCCUUGAUUAAAGAAUAUAACUGUCUUUGUUUGCGAGCAUCCAAAGGCUGCCAGAAUAAAGAGCAGAUUCUGCAGCAAAGAUUUAGAAGAGCCUUCAAGGAUUUCCAGCAGUGGUUGGUUAAUGCGAAAAUCACUACUGCCAAGUGUUUUGAUAUACCUCAGAAUAUCAGUGAAGUCUCAACAAGCCUUCAAAAAAUACAGGAAUUUUUAUCGGAAAGUGAAAAUGGACAGCUCAAGCUAAACAUGAUGCUGUCUAAAGGGGAACUUCUAAGCAGUCUGCUGCCUGAAGAGAAAGCUGAUGGCGUCCAGGCUAAAGUUGCAACUGCAAAAGAAGACUGGAAAAAUUUCCUUUCAAAUCUCCACCAAAAGGAGUCUGCCCUAGAGAAUCUCAAGAUCCAAAUGAAAGAUUUCGAAGUCAGUGCUGAGCCCAUCCAGGACUGGCUGAGCAAAACAGAGAAGAUGGUGCACGGAAGCAGCAACCGCCUGUAUGAUCUGCCAGCGAAGAGGAGAGAACAGCAGAAGCUCCAGUCUGUCCUUGAGGAAAUAACCUGCUACGAGCCUCAGCUCCACAGGCUCAGGGAGAAGGCUCAGCAGCUGUGGGAAGGACAAGCUGCCAGCAGGAGCUUUAUGCACAGAGUGUCGCAGCUGUCUUCUCAGUAUCUAGCGCUAAGCAAUUUAACGAAGGAGAAAGUGUCCCGCUUGGACCGAAUCGUGGCAGAACACCAUCAGCUCUCCCUGGGAGUGAAGGAGCUUCAAGACUGGAUGACGGAUGCCAUCCACAUGCUGGACUCCUAUUGCCACCCGACUUCUGACAAGAGUGUUCUGGACAGCCGGAUGCUCAAGCUCGAGGCCCUGUUGUCGGUGAAGCAGGAAAAAGAGAUCCAGAUGAAAAUGAUGGUGACCCGAGGGGAGUCUGUCUUGCAGAACACCUCCACAGAAGGCAUCCCGGCUCUUCAGCAGCAGCUGCAGAGUGUCAAGGACAUGUGGGGGUCCCUUUUGUCUGCAGGGAUCCGUUGCAAAAGUCAACUUGAAGGGGCUCUUUCCAAGUGGACAAGUUACCAGGAUGACGUUCGGCAGUUUUCCACCUGGAUGGACGGCAUGGAAGCCAGUCUCAAUGAGGCCGACAGGCAGCGUGCUGAACUGAGGGACAAGAUGACAGCACUUGGAAAAGCCAAGUUAUUAAAUGAAGAGGUGCUAGGUCGCAGCAGCUUGCUGGAGACCAUAGAAGUGAAAGGAGCUGGUAUGACAGAGCACUAUGUCACCCAGCUCGAAUUCCAGGACCUGCAGGAACGGUACAAAGCAGUCAAAGAGAGGGCCAAGGAAACAGUAACAAAGUCUGAAAAACUUGUUCGUCUGCACCAAGAGUAUCAGCGUGACCUGCAGGCUUUUGAAGUUUGGUUGGGACAAGAGCAAGAAAAGCUUGGCCGAUACUCAGUUCUCGAAGGAGAUGCCCAAACUCAUGAGGCAACACUGCGGGAUCUUCAGGAGCUGCAAGUACGCUGUGCAGAGGGGCAAGCACUGUUGAAUUCAGUGCUGCACACCAGGGAGGAAGUCAUACCCUCGGGCAUCCCCCAGACAGAAGACCGAGCUCUGGAGUCCCUCCGGCAGGACUGGCAGACCUACCAGCAGAAGCUAUCAGAGACCCGCACUCAGUUCAAUAACAUGGUGAACAAACUGAGGCUGAUGGAACGAAAGUUCCAGCAAGUGGAUGAGUGGCUCAAGGCGCUGGAGGAGAAAGUGAACCUCAAAACAGGACGCCAGUCUAACCGGGCAGCCAAGGAGAUCCAGUUACACCAGAUGAAGAAGUGGCAGGACGAGGUGACAGCACUCCGAGACGAAGUAGAGGAAGUGGGUGCUGGGGCACAGGAGAUCCUGAACGAGAGACACGUGAGCAGCCAGAUGGGCUGCCAGGCCACCCAGCUGACAUCCAGAUAUCAAGCUCUUCUUCUGCAAGUGUUGGAACAAAUAAAAUUCCUGGAAGAAGAGAUCCAGAGCUUGGAGGAAUCAGAAUUGUCCCUAAUCUCCUAUACUGACUGGUACAACUCUACUCAAAAGAACUUCAAGAAUGUGGCUGCCAAAAUUGACAGAGUAGAUAAGGUGAUGAUGGGGAAGAAAAUGAAGACUUUGGAGAGUUUGCUGAAAGACGUGGAGAAAGGGCACAGUCUGUUGAAAUCAGCCCGGGAGAAAGGAGAAAGGGCGGCGGCUCACCUGGAAGAUGGUGACGCGGAGACAUUACGGCAGGACAUCCAGGGCCACGUGGAGCAGCUGAAGGAACUGACCGGCACUGUCCGGAGGGAGCACACGACUGUGGAGAAAGGUCUCUAUUUGGCCAAGGAGUUCUCAGAUAAAUACAAAGCCCUAACGCAGUGGGUAGCAGAAUACCAAGGCAUCCUGCAUGUUCCCGAGGACCCCAAGAUGGAACUGUAUGAAAAAAAGGCUCAGUUAUCAAAAUACAAGUCACUGCAGCAAAUGGUGCUAUCCCAUGAGCCAUCAGUCAAGUCGGUGAGAGAGAAAGGGGAAGCUCUUCUGGAACUGGUGCAGGAUGCUACCUUGAAGGACAAAAUUGACAAACUUCAAAGUGAUUACCAGAACCUCUGCUCUGCGGGGAAGGAGCACGUCUGUAGUCUGGAGGCCAAAGUCAAGGACCAUGAGGAUUACAACAGUGAGCUCCAGGAGGUGGAGAAAUGGCUGCUGCAGAUGUCAGGCCGGCUGGUGGCCCCCGAUCUCAUGGAGACCAGCAGCCUGGAGACCAUCACCCAGCAGCUGGCCCACCACAAGGCUAUGAUGGAAGAAAUUGCUGGUUUUGAAGACCUCUUGAACAACCUUAAAAUGAAAGGUGACAAUUUGAUCAACCAGUGUGCAGACCACCUGCAAGCGAAACUAAAACAGAAUCUUCAGGCUCAUCUGCAGGGCACCAAGGACAGCUACUCAGCAAUCUGCAGCACAGCUCAGAGGGUAUACCAGAGUUUGGAACAUGAGCUGCAGAAGCAUGUGAGUCGACAAGACACUCUGCAACAGUGCCAGGCCUGGCUUUCUGCAGUCCAACCAGAUUUGAAGCCAAGCCCACACCCACCUCUCAGCAGGGCAGAAGCUGUGAAGCAGGUCAAACACGUCAGAGCAUUGCAGGAGCAGGCCAGGACCUACUUAGAUCUUCUUUGUUCCAUGUGUGACUUGUCAAACCCCUCAGUGAAAACCACAGCCAAGGACAUUCAAGAAACAGAGCAAAUGAUUGAGCAAAGGCUGGCCCAGGCACAGAACCUAACCCAAGGCUGGGAAGAGAUCAAACACAUGAAGGCUGAGCUAUGGAUAUACCUCCAGGACGCAGAUCAGCAACUGCAGAACAUGAAGCGGAGACACUCGGAGCUGGAGCUCAAUAUUGCACAGAACAUGGUGUCCCAAGUAAAGGAUUUCAUUAAGAAACUACAGAGCAAACAGGCAUCAGUGGCUGCUGUCACCGAAAAGGUAAACAAGUUAACCAAGAAGCAAGAGUCUCCUGAGCACAAGGAAAUCAGCCACUUAAAUGAUCAGUGGCUGGAGCUGUGCCUUCAGUCAGAUAAUCUGUGCUCCCAAAGGGAAGAGGAUCUUCAGAGAACAAGGGGUUACCAUGACUGCCUGAAUGUGGUGGAAGCAUUCUUAGAAAAGUUCACAACAGAAUGGGACAACUUGGCCAGGACUGAUACAGAGAGUACGGCUGUCCACUUGGAAGCCUUGAAGAAGCUAGCCUUGACCUUGCAGGAGCAAAGGCAGGCUGUGGAAGACCUGAAAGCCCAGAAGCAGAAAAUGACAGAGCACCUGAAUUUAGAUGACAAAGAGUUCAUCAAAGAGCAGACCGCUCACCUGGAACAGCGGUGGUUCCAGCUUGAGGACCUGGUUAAGAGGAAAGUCCAGAUGUGCAUCACCAACCUGGAGGAGUUAAGCGUGGUGCGAGCCAAGUUCCAGGAGCUCAUGGAGUGGGCAGCAGAGCAGCAGCCUAAUAUCACUGAGGCCCUUCAGCAGAGCCCCCCGCCAGACAUGGCCCAGAACCUUCUCCUGGACCACCUCACCAUUUGCAGCGAACUGGAGGCCAAACAGAUGCUCCUGAAAUCGCUCAUCAAGGAUGCAGACAGGGUGAUGGCAGAUCUGGGUCUCAAUGAGAGACAAGUCAUCCAGAAGGCGCUCUCUGAUGCUCAAAAGCACAUAAACUGUCUCAGUGACUUAGUGGGCCAGAGGCGGAAGUACUUAAACAAGGCCUUGUCUGAGAAGACCCAGUUUCUCAUGGCUGUCUUCCAGGCCACCAGCCAAAUUCAGCAGCAUGAGCGGAAGAUCACUUUCCGUGAACAUAUCUGCCUGUUGCCUGAUGACAUCAGCAAGCAAGUGAAGACAUGUAAGAGUGCCCAGGCCAGCCUCAAGACUUACCAGAAUGAAGUCACAGGACUCUGGGCCCAGGGCCGUGAACUAAUGAAAGGAAUCAUGGAGCAGGAAAAGGCAGAAGUGCUGGGGAAGCUUCAGGAGUUGCAGACUAUCUAUGACACCGUUUUGCAGAAGUGUAACCAUCGGCUCCAAGAACUGGAGAAAAAUCUCGUUUCCCGGAAACAUUUUAAGGAAGACUUUGAUAAAGCCUGUCACUGGCUCAAACAAGCCGACAUCAUUACAUUUCCGGAGAUCAACCUAAUGAGUGAGAGUUGCAAUCUGCACACCCAGUUGGCCAAAUAUCAGCAGAUUCUGGAACAAUCUCCGGAAUAUGAAAACCUCCUUCUGACCCUGCAGAGAACUGGGCAGGCCAUCUUACCCUCCCUGAAUGAAGUGGAUCACUCCUACCUCCAUGAAAAGCUCACCACCCUCCCCCAGCAAUUUAAUGUCGUUGUCGCCUUGGCCAAGGACAAGUUCUACAAAGUCCAGGAAGCCAUUCUUGCUCGAAAGGAAUAUUCUUCUCUGAUUGAGUUGACUGCCCAGUCUUUAGGUGACCUGGAAGAGCAGUUCUUGAAAAUGAGCAUAGUCCCCAGUAACCUAGAGGUAGAGGAGGCUCUGGUUCUCCAGGGUGACUACAGAGCUCUCUUGGGGGAGAUGACCAACCUUGGGGAAGCAGUAGGUGAACUCAACCAAAAGAAAGAAGGUUUCCGCAGCACCGGGCAGCCCUGGGAGGCAGACAGGAUGCUGCAUGUCGUCACUCUGUACCACAGGCUGAAGCGACAGGUGGAGCAAAGAGUCAGCUCACUGGAGGACAUCGCCAGUGCUUACCAGGAGCAUCAGAAGAUGCACCAGCAACUGGAGAAGCAGCUGGAGAAGGUGAAGAUAGAGCAGUCCAAGGUCAACGAGGAGACCCUACCUGCAGAGGAGAAGCUGAAGACAUACCAUUCCCUGGCCGGAAGUCUGCAGGACUCUGGAAUUCUCCUGAAACGGCUGGCUGGGCAUCUGGAAGAUCUCGUUCCACACCUGGAUCCCCUGGCUUAUGAGAAAGUCAAGAGGCAGAUCCAGACCUGGCAUGAGGAGUUGGAACGGUUGACUUCGGCCAUCAGUGAGACAGUGACAGAGUGUGAGAGCCGCAUGGUGCAGAGCAGGGACUUCCAGACAGAGAUGAGCCAAUCCCUGGACUGGCUGAGGGGUGUGAAGGCAGAGCUGAGUGGGCCCCUGUGCCUUGGCCUGAACCUCCAGGACAUCCAGGAAGAGAUCCGAAAGAUCCAAAUCCAUCAGGAAGAGGUCCAGUCCAGCCUGAGAAUCAUGGGUGCCCUGAGCAAUAAGGAGAAGGAGAAGUUCACCAAAGCGAAGGAGCUUCCCUCCACUGAUGUACAGAACACCCUGGCUGAGCUGGCAGAGCUGGAGGGAGACAUCCAGGAAGCCUUACGCACCAGACAGGCUAUCUUGACCGAAGUGUAUGGCCAGUGUCAACGGUACUACCAAGUAUUUCAAGCAGCUAAUGACUGGCUUGAAGAUGCCCAGGAAAUGUUACAGCUGGCAGGGAAUGGGCUGGAUGUUGAGAGUGCAGAGGAGAAUCUCAAAAGCCACAUGGAAUUUUUCAGUACAGAGACUCAGUUCCGACAUAAUCUAGAGAAACUCCAAUGCCUAGUGGCUAACCUUGACCCGGUCAUCAAGCCAAGUGGGAAAGAGGGGCUGACAGAGACAAUGGCUUCCCUGGAAGAGAAGAGUCAGAGGUUGAUCCAAGAAUCACACGCUCAAUUAGAGCUCUUGCAAAGGUGUGCAGUUCAAUGGCAAGAUUACCAGAAAACAAGGGAAGAGGUUAUCAAAUUGAUGAAUGAUGCAGAAAAGAAAUUGUCUGAAUUCUGUUUACUGAAGACUUCUUCAGGCCAGGAAGCAGAAGGAAAGCUAUUAGAACACAAGGCACUAGUGUCAGAAGUCACCUCUUUCCAUGAGAAAAUUGUUGCCCUAGAGGACAAAGCUUCACAUCUGGAAAAGACUGGGAAUGAUUCCAGCAAGGCCACUAUAAGCAGGUCCAUGACAACAGUCUGGCAGCGCUGGGCACGGCUGCGCGCUGUGGCCCAGGACCAGGAGAAGGUUCUGGAAGAUGGUGUGGAGGAGUGGAAGAGCUUUAACCAGAAGGUCAGAAAGGCCAAGGAAACGACUGAUCUGCUACAAGAGAAAUUCCCAGGAAGCUCAACAGAGAAAACCUCAAAUGCAGAGCUCUUAAAUCUUCUGGAAUAUCAUGACACAUUCAUCCUGGAGCUGGAACAGCAGCAGUCAGCCCUGGGCAUGCUACGAGAGCAAGCCUUGAUCAUGCUCCAGGAUGGGACCAGCCCACGCUCUGGAGAGGAGCCCCCCACCAUUCAGGAGAUCUCAGCCAUGCAAGCUCAGUGCUUGAGCCUGCAGGAGAAAGGGAAGAGCAGUGGGAAGCUGGUAAAACAGGAGCUGGAGGAGAGAGAAGCAGUGGAAACACAGAUCAACUCUGUGAAGUCUUGGGUUCGAGAAACAAAGGAGUGUUUAGGAAAUCCUACCAUAGAAAUAGAUGCUCAACUUGAAGAACUUAAGAGUCUCCUAACGGAAGUCACAAAUCACAGGGAGAACAUUGAGCUGACAGCUGAAGAACAGAAGAAUAAGUACCUGGGUCUCUAUACAAUAUUGCCUUCUGAACUCUCCCUUCAGUUAGCUGAAGUGGCACUGGAUCUCGGAACCAUCCAUGACCAGAUCCAGGACAAAAUAAAAGAAGUUGAGCAAAGCAAGGCCAUGAGUCAAGAAUUCAACCAGAAAAUUCAGAAGAUAGCCAAGGAUCUCACAACCAUUCUGACCAAGCUAAGAGCAAAAACUGAUAAUUUAACUCAAGCUAAAGCUGACCAAAAGGUGCUGGGAGAGGAAUUAGAUGGCUGUAAUGUAAAGAUAAUGGAACUAGAUGAAGCAAUACAAAAAUUCUCAGACCAGAACAGCCAACUCGGUAAACCACUGACCAAGAAGAUAAGGAAACUGACAGAACUUCACCAGCAGACCAUUAGACAGGCGGAGAACCGGCUCUCAAAGCUUGGUCAGGCAGCGUCACAUUUAGAAGAUUACAAUGAAAUGCUUGAAUUGAUUUUGAGGUGGACAGAGAAAGCCAAAGUCUUGGUACAUGGAAAGAUUGUUUGGAAUUCUGCAAGCCAGCUUCGAGAGCAAUAUGUUUCACACCAGACCUUGCUGGAAGAAUCAGAAGACAUCCACAGCGACCUGGAAGCAAUGGCUGAGAAGGCGCAGUGCCUGGCCAGCGUGUACUGUACAGAGAAAAUGUCUCAGCAAGUGACAGACCUGGGGCGGGAGGCGGAGGAGCUGCGACAGGCUAUCAAGAUCCGGUUGCAGAGUCUCCAAGAUGCAGCCAAGGACAUGAAAAAAUUUGAAGCGGAGCUAAAGAAUUUGCAAGCGGCUCUAGUGCAGGCCCAGAGAACACUCACCUCUCCAGAAGUGGGGCGCCUGAGUCUCAAGGAGCAGCUCUCUCACCGGCAGCAUUUGCUGUCUGAGAUGGAAUCCCUCAAGCCCAAGGUCCAGGCUGUGCAGAUCUGCCAGAGCGCGCUGAGGAUCCCCGAGAAUGUGGUCACCAGCCUCCCGCUCUGCCACGCCGCCCUGAGCCUGCAGGAGGAGGCCAGCCGGCUGCAGCACACAGCCAUCCAGCAGUGCAACAUUAUGCAGGAGGCUGUGGUGCAGUAUGAACAGUAUGAGCAAGAAAUGCAGCACCUCCAGGAGCUCAUCGAAGGUGCCCACAGAGAGAUUGAGGACAAGCCAGUGGCCACCAGUAACAUCCAGGAGUUGCAAGCCCAGAUUUCCCGGCACGAGGAGUUGGCACAGAAAAUCAAGGGCUACCAGGAGCAGAUUGCCUCUCUCAACUCCAAGUGCAAGAUGCUGACAAUGAAGGCCAAGCAUGCCACCAUGCUGCUGACAGUGACCGAGGUGGACGGGCUGACCGAGGGGCCAGAGGACCUGGACAGGGAGCUCCUCCCUUCGACCUCGGCCCACCCCUCUGUGGUCAUGAUGACUGCAGGUCGCUGUCACACUUUGCUGUCACCUGUCACUGAGGAAUCUGGGGAGGAGGGAACCAACGGUGAGAUCUCCUCUCCACCUGCCUGUCGCUCUCCUUCACCUGUGGCUAAUCCAGAUGCUUCUGUUAACCAGGACAUUGCUUAUUACCAAGCCUUGUCUGCUGAGAGGUUGCAGACAGAUGCUGCAAGGCUCCACCCCAGCCCUUCUCCAUCCCAGGAAUUCUAUGAGCCUGGACUAGAGCUGUCUGCUACUGCUAAACUCGAUGACUUGCAGAGGUCUUGGGAAACCUUAAAAAAUGUGAUCAGUGAAAAGCAGCGCACCCUUUAUGAAGCUCUGGAGCGCCAGCAGAAGUACCAGGACUCCCUCCAGUCCAUCUCUACAAAGAUGGAAGCCAUUGAGGUGAAACUCGGCGAGAGGCUAGAGCAUGGCAGGAGUCCAGAAAGCCAGAUGGCUGAGCAUCAGGCGCUGAUGGAUGAGAUCCUCAUGCUCCAGGAUGAGAUCAGCACACUGCAGUCCUCCCUGGGGGAGGAGUUGGUGUCUGCACGUCCAGAGGCCGACCCUGCUGAGCAGCUGGCCUUGCAGUCCACACUCACCGUCCUGGCUGAGCGGAUGUCCACCAUCAAGAUGAAGGCGUCCGGGAAGCGACAGCUCCUGGAGGAGAAGUUAAAUGACCAGCUGGAGGAGCAGAGGCAGGAGCAGGCCCUGCAGAGGUACCGUUGUGAGGCCGACGAGCUGAACCACUGGCUCCUCAGUACCAAGGCCACUCUAGACACUGCACUGGGUGCACCCAAUGAGCCCAUGGACAUGGAGGCCCAGCUGGUGGACUGCCAGAACAUGCUGGUGGAGAUCGAGCAGAAGGUGGUGGCCUUGUCAGAGCUGUCGAUUCACAAUGAGAACCUGCUUCUGGAGGGCAAGGCUCACACCAAGGACGAAGCUGAGCAGCUGGCUGUCAAGUUGAGGAGCCUCAAGGGCAGCCUCCUGGAGCUCCAGAGAGCCCUGCAUGACAAGCAGCUGAACAUCCAGGGGACAACGCAAGAGAAGGAGGAGAAUGAAGUGGAUUUCAGCGCUGCUCAGAGCCCAGGUGUCCAGGAAUGGUUGGCCCAAGCACGCACCAUGUGGACACAGCAACGAGAGAGCAGCCUCCAGCAGAAGAAAGAGUUGGAGCUGGAGUUAGCAGAGCAGAAGAGCCUCCUCAGAUCUGUGGCCAGCCGUGGAGAGGAAAUUCUCACCCAGCAUUCUGCUGUAGAGACCUCUGCUUGUGUGGGUAGCGAAAACCCUGAUGUGUUAUCCCAGGAGUUGAGGAUGGAAGGGGAGAAAUCACCUGCCGAAGACCAGAUGAGAAUGAAAUGGGAAAACUUACACCAAGAAUUUAGUGCCAAGCAGAAGCUACUGCAGAAUGUUCUGGAACAGGAACAGGAGCAAGUGCUUUACAACAGGCCAAAUAGGCUCCUAGCUGGAGUGCCACUCUACAAAGGGGAAGGGACAGUCCAGGAUAAAUCUGCAGUGACCUCUUUGCUGGAUGGGUUGAAUCAGGCCUUGGAGGAGGCAUCUUCCCAGGGUGGAGGGACCAUGAGGCAGAGCAGUGACCUGGAACAGAAAUUAUAUGAUGGGGUCUCCGCUACGUCUACAUGGUUGGAUGAUGUCGAAGAACGUUUGUUUGUGGCCACAGCGCUUUUGCCAGAAGAAACGGAGACUUGUCUCUACAACCAGGAGACGCUUGCCAAAGAUAUCAAGGAAAUGUCUGAAGAGAUGGAUAAGAACAAGAAUUUGUUCUCUCAAGCUUUUCCAGAAGAUGGUGACAACCGAGAAGUUAUUGACGACACCUUGGGGUGUCUCCAAAGCAGGUUAUCUUUGCUGGAUUCUGUCAUAAAUCAGCGAUGUCAUCAGAUGAAGGAGAGACUUCAGCAGAUACUCAAUUUCCAGAAUGAUCUGAAGGUGCUGUUCACAUCGAUGGCUGACACCAAGUACCUCAUUCUGCAGAAACCGGCAAACGUGUCUGAACAGCCCGUGGCGGAGCAGAUAGAGGCAAUACAGCAGGCAGAAGAGGGGCUGAAGGAAUUGGACGCAGGAAUCAUUGAAUUAAAGAAGCGUGGUGACAAGUUACAGAUUGAGCAGCCUUCCUUGCAAGAACUUUCCAAACUCCAGGACACGUAUGAUGAGCUCAUGGUGACCAUCGGCUCCCGACGGAGUGGUCUGAACCAGAACCUUGUCUUCAAGAGCCAGUACGAAAGGGGCCUGCAAGAUCUGGCCGACCUGUUGGAGACCGGAAGGGAGAAGAUGGCGGGAGACCAGAAAAUCAUUGUGUCUUCGAAAGAGGAAGUCCAGCAGCUCCUUGACAAACAUAAGGAAUACUUCCAGGGCCUGGAGUCUCAUAUGAUCUUGACUGAAACACUCUUCAGAAAGAUAAUCAGCUUUGCAGUUCCAAGGGAAACUCAGUUCCACACAGAACUGAUGGCUCAAGCUUCAGCCAUACUCAAAAGGGCUCAUAAGAGGGGUGUGGAGUUGGAGUACAUUCUAGAGACCUACUCUCACCUGGAGGAGGAUCUGCAGGAGCUGAGCAGACAGCUGGAGGCGGUGGAAGGUGGUACCCCAACUGUGGGUUUGGUGGAGGAGAGCGAGGACAGGCUAGUGGACCGGAUAGCUCUAUACCAGCACUUGCAAACCAGCCUGAAUGAAUACCAGCCCAAACUAUACCAGGUGCUACAUGAUGGGAAACAACUUCUUCUGUCCAUUAGCUGCUCAAAUCUUGAAAGCCAGCUGAAUCAACUUGGAGAAUGGUGGUUGAAUAACACCAACAAAGUGUCUAAAGAACUUCAUAGGCUGGAAACAAUACUCAAACACUGGGCCAGAUAUCAGAGAGAAUCUGUGGAACUGGCUCACUGGCUGCAGUCUGCGAAAGACAGGCUAGAAUUCUGGACUCAGCAAUCCAUGACAGUCCCACAGGAGCUGGACACGGUGCGCGAUCAUCUGAAUGCUUUCUUGGAGUUUUCCAAAGAAGUAGAUACCAAAUCUUCACUGAAGUCAUCUGUCCUGAGCACUGGAAAUCAGCUGCUUCGAUUAAAGAAGGUUGACACUGCGGCCCUGCGUUCAGAGCUGUCCCAGAUGGAUAAUCAGUGGACUGACCUCUUGGCCAGUAUCCCAUCUGUGCAGGAGAAGCUCCACCAGCUCCAAAUGGAUAAGCUACCUUCCCGCCAUGCCAUUUCUGAAAUCAUGACUUGGAUUUCUCUCAUGGAAAAUGUUAUACAGAAGGAUGAAGACAAUAUAAAAAAUGCCAUUGGUCAUGAAGCAAUCCAUGAAUACCUUCAGAAAUACAAGGGUUUUAAGAUAGAUAUUAACUGUAAGCAGUUGACAGUCGAUUUUGUGAACCAGUCUGUGCUACAGAUCAGCAGUCAGGAUGUGGAAAGCAAACGCAGCGAUAAGACAGAUUUUGCUGAGCAACUUGGAGCAAUGAAUAAAAGCUGGCAAAUCCUUCAGGGGCUAGUAAGUGAGAAGAUCCAGCUGUUGGAAGGCUUGUUCGAAUCAUGGUCAGAGUACGAAAAUAGCGUUCAGUGUCUGAAAACAUGGUUUGAAACCCAGGGAAAAAAGCUGAAACAACAACAGAGAAUGGGAGAUCAGGCUUCUGUUCAGAAUGCCAUGAAGGACUGUCAGGAUCUAGAAGAUGUGAUUAAGUCAAAAGAAAAAGAGGUAGAGAAAAUCGAACAGAACGGACUUGCUCUGGUUGAGAACAAGAAGGAAGACGUGUCUGGCACUGUCGUAGGCACACUCAAGGAGCUCAGCAAGACCUGGGCAGACCUGGACCUCAUGGCGGGGCAACUGAAGACCCUGUUGAAGUCAGUGCUUGACCAGUGGGGCAGUCAUAAGAUGGCCUUUGAUGAGAUCAACAGCUCCCUCAUGGAGGCCAGAUACUCCCUUUCCAGAUUCCGGCUGCUGACUGGCUCUUUAGAAGCUGUGCAGGUCCAGGUAGACAACCUCCAGAAUCUUCUGGAUGAUCUAGAGAAACAGGAAGACAGCUUGCAGAGAUUUGAUGCCAUCACCAACCAACUACUGAAGGAGUGUCACCCACCAGUGACCGAAAGCCUUACCAAUACCGUGACAGACGUCAGUAUGAGAUGGAACAACCUGCUGGAAGAGAUUUCUGAGCAGCUGCACAGCAGCAAGGCCCUUCUGCAGCUUUGGCAGCGCUACAAGGACUACUCCAAGCAGUGCGCGGCCACAGUGCAGCGGCAGGAGGACCAGAGCCGCCAGCUCCUCAAGGCUGCCAGCGACAAGGACAUCGCUGAUGAAGAGGUGGCCACGUGGAUUCAGGACUGCAAUGACCUCCUCAAAGGACUGGGGCCAGUGAAGGAUUCCCUUUUCGUCCUCCAGGAGUUGGGAGAGCAACUCAAACAUCAAGUCGAUGCUUCGGCUGCAGCGGCCAUUCAGUCAGAUCAGCUCUCCUUGAGUCAACACUUAAGUGCCCUAGAGCAGGCUCUCUGCAAGCAGCAGGCCGUGCUGCAGGCUGGAGUUCUUGACUAUGAAACCUUUGCUGAGAGCUUAGCAACUCUGGAGGACUGGAUUGUGGAAGCUGAAGAGAUACUACAAGGCCCUGACCCAAGCCAGUCCUCCGAUCUCUCUACCAUUCGGGACAGGAUGGAAGAACUCAAGGGGCAGAUGUUGAGAUUCAGCAGCAUGGCUCCAGAUUUAGACCGCCUCAAUGAACUGGGAUAUAGAUUGCCCCUGAAUGAUAAAGAAAUCAAACGGAUGCAGGCCCUGAACCGUCACUGGACCCUGGUCUCCUCACAGACGACGGAGCGAUUCAGUAAGUUGCAGUCCUUUUUGCUCCAACAUCAGACAUUCUUGGAAAAAUGUGAAACAUGGAUGGAAUUCCUGGUGCAAACAGAACAAAAAUUAGUGGUAGAGAUUUCAGGCAACUACCAACACCUUCUGGAGCAACAGAGAGCACAUGAGUUGUUUCAAGCAGAGAUGUUCAGUCGUCAGCAGAUUUUGCACUCGAUCAUUCUUGAUGGGCAGCGUCUUCUAGAACAAGGUCAAGUUGAUGACAGGGAUGAAUUCAACCUGAAGUUGACGCUCCUCAGCAACCAGUGGCAGGGCGUGAUUCGCAGGGCCCAGCAGAGGAGAGGCAUCAUCGACAGCCAGAUCCGCCAGUGGCAGCGCUACAGGGAGAUGGCCGAGAAGCUUCGCAAAUGGUUGGCUGAGGUGUCCUGUCUCCCAGCGAGUGGUCUCGGAAGCAUCCCCGUGCCACUGCAGCAGGCAAGGAGCCUCUUUGAUGAAGUGCAGUUCAAGGAAAAAAUCUUCUUGCGACAGCAAGGUAGCUAUAUCCUCACAGUGGAGGCCGCCAAGCAACUCCUGCUCUCUGCGGACCCCGCGGCAGAGGUCGCCCUGCAGACGGAGCUCACUGAAAUCCAGGAGAAGUGGAGAUCAGCCAGCCUGCGUCUGGAGGAGCAGAGGCAAAAACUGGCCUUCCUGUUGAAAGACUGGGAAAAAUGUGAUAAAGGAAUAGCCAGCUCUCUGGAGAAACUCCGAACAUUCAAAAAGAAGCUUUCUCAACCCCUGCCGGACCACCACGAUGACCUCCAUGCGGAACAAAUCCGUUGCAAGGAACUGGAAAACGCGGUGUGGAGCUGGAAAGAUGACAUGGCACAGCUGACGCUGCUGAAGGACACUCUCUGUGCCUACAUCAGCGCCGAUGACAUCUCCAUCCUCAAGGAGCGCAUGGAGCUCCUGCAGAGGCAGUGGGAAGAGCUGUGUCAUCAGCUCUCUUUGAAGCGGCAGCAAGUAAGUGAGAGGCUGAAUGAGUGGGCUGUCUUCAGCGAGAAGAACAAGGAGCUUUGCGAAUGGCUGACACAGAUGGAAAGCAAAGUUUCUCAGAAUGGAGACAUUCUCAUUGAGGACAUGAUAGAGAAGCUCAAGGAGGACUAUCAAGAGGAAAUUGCCAUUGCCCAAGAGAACAAAAUACAGCUCCAGCAGAUGGGAGAGCGACUUGCCAGGGCCAGCCAUGAGAGCAAGGCGUCUGAGAUCGAGUACAAACUGGGGAAGGUCAAUGACCGGUGGCAGCACCUCUUGGACCUCAUGGCCGCCAGGAUGAAGAAGUUGAAGGAGACUCUAGUCGCUGCCCAGCAGCUGGAGAAGAAUAUGAGCAGCCUGCGAACGUGGCUGGCUCACAUAGAGUCAGAGCUAGCCAGACCCAUAGUGUAUGAGUCCUGUGACUCUGAAGAGAUACAGAGGAAGCUGUCCGAGCAGCAGGACCUCCAGAGAGAUAUAGAAAAGCACAGCACAGGUGUGGCCUCUGUCCUCAACCUGUGUGAGGUCCUCCUGCACGACUGUGAUGCCUGUGCCACCGAUGCCGAGUGUGACUCCAUCCAGCAGGCAACCCGAAACCUGGACCGACGGUGGAGAAACAUCUGCGCCAUGUCCAUGGAGCGGAGGCUCAAAAUUGAAGAAACCUGGCGAUUGUGGCAGAAGUUUCUGGAUGACUACGCGCGCUUUGAAGAUUGGCUCAGUAUUUCAGAAAGGACAGCUGCCUUUCCCAGCACUUCCGGAGUACUCUACAGUGUUGCCAAAGAAGAACUGAAGAAAUUUGAGGCUUUCCAACGCCAGGUCCAUGAGUGUCUGACCCAAUUGGAACUGAUCAACAAGCAGUACCGCCGCCUGGCGCGAGAGAACCGCACCGACUCAGCCUGCAGCCUCAAACAGAUGGUGCAUGAGGGCAACCAGCGGUGGGACAGCCUGCAGAAACGUGUCACCUCCAUCCUGCGCAGGCUCAAGCACUUCAUUGGCCAACGGGAGGAGUUUGAGACUGCCCGGGACAGUAUUCUGGUGUGGCUCACCGAGAUGGACCUGCAGCUCACAAAUAUUGAGCAUUUUUCUGAGUGUGAUGUCCAAGCCAAAAUAAAGCAGCUCAAGGCCUUCCAGCAGGAAAUCGCCCUGAACCAUAACAAGAUCGAGCAGAUUAUUGCCCAGGGGGAGCAGCUGAUAGAAAAGAGUGAACCCCUGGACGCGGCAGUGAUCGAGGAAGAGCUUGAUGAGCUCCGGCACUACUGUCGGGAAGUCUUCGGACGCGUGGAGCGGUACCACAAGAAACUCAUCCGCCUGCCUCUCGCAGAUGAUGAGCAUGACCUCUCCGACCGAGAGCUGGAGCUGGACGACUCUGCAGCCCUGUCGGACCUCCGUUGGCAGGAGCCCUCGUCCAUCUCCCCCCAGCCUUCCUCCAACCCCUCCCUCUCCUUGGUCCAGCCCAUUUGCAGUGAGCGGUCUGGACAAGACACCCCCGCCAGUGUGGACUCCAUCCCUCUGGAGUGGGACCAUGACUACGACCUCAGUCGUGACCUGGAGUCUGCUGUGUCGAGGACACUGCCGUCCGAGGAUGAAGAGGGCCAGGAAGACAAAGAUUUCUACCUCCAGGGAGCUGUGGGCUUGUCAGAUGUAACCAUCCCUGAAAGUCCAGAAGCCUAUGUAGAACUCACAGAAAAUGUCAUCAAAAAUGCCUCGGGGGAUUCCAGUGCGUUGGAGUCACAGAUCAGCCAACUGGGGAGAGCUCUGGAUGACAGUCGCUUCCGGAUACAACAGACAGAAAAUAUCAUCCGUAGCAAAACUCCCAUGGGACCGGAACUAGACUCGAGCUACAGAGGCUAUUUGAAACUACUAAGUGAGUGCAGUGGCAGCAUUGACUCUGUGAGGAGGCUGGAACACAAGCUGAAGGAGGAAGAGCAGAACUUUCCUGGCUUCGUCAAUCUGAACAGUACUGAAACUCAGACAGCCGGCGUGAUUGACCGUUGGGAGCUCAUCCAGGCCCAGGCCCUCAGCAAGGAACUGAGAAUGAAACAGAACCUGCAGAAGUGGCAACAGUUCAACUCAGACCUGAACAACAUCUGGUCCUGGCUGGGGACCACAGAGGAGGAGCUGGAACAGAUCCACAGGCUGGGUCGGAGCACUGACAUCCAGUCCAUCGAGCACCAAAUCAAAAAGCUCAAGGAACUCCAGAAAGCCGUGGACCAGCACAAAGCCAUCAUCCUCUCCAUCAACCUGUGCAGCCCCGAGUUCACCCAGGGUGGCAGUGAGAAGAGCCAGCACUUACAGGACCGCCUGACCCAGAUGAACGGGCGCUGGGACCGGAUCUGCUCGCUGCUGGAGGAGUGGCGGGGCCAGCUCCAGGACGCAUUGAUGCAGUGUCAGGACUUCCAUGAACUGAGUCAUGGUUUGCUACUCAUGCUGGAGAACAUUGACAGAAGGAAGAAUGAAAUUAUCCCUAUUGAUUCCAGCCUCGAUGCAGAGGUGCUACAGGACCAUUACAAACAGCUUUUGCAAAUAAGGCGUGACCUAUUGGAUACCCAACUAAGAGUAGCCUCAUUGCAAGACUUGUCUGGCCAACUGCUGGUGAAUGCUGAAGGCACAGACUGCUUAGAAGCCAAAGAAAAAGUCCAUGUUAUUGGCAAUCGGCUCAAAAUCCUCUUGAAGGAGGUUAGUUGUUAUAUCAAGGAGCUGGAGAAGCUUCCAGAUAUGUCAAGCAGCCAGCAGGAUUUGUCUUCCUGGUCUUCUGCGGAUGAGCUGGACACCUCAGGAUCUGUGAGUCCUGUGUCUGGGAGAAGCACCCCAAAUCGACAGAGAACGCCACGAGGCAAAUGUAGUCUCUCACAGCCUGGACCCUCUGUCAGCAGUCCACAUAGCAGGUCCAGAAGAAGUGGCUCCGCUUCCUCCCUUUCUGAGCCUCGACCAGCUCCAGCUGGCUCUCGCCACAGAGCCUUCCUGUGCCGGGUUCUCCGAGCGGCGCUCCCCCUACAGCUUCUGCUGUUGCUCCUCAUAGGGCUGGCCUGCCUGGUCCCCAUGUCCGAAAAGGACUACAGCUGCACCCUCGCCAACAACUUCGCCCGCUCCUUCCACUUCAUGCUCAGAUACAUCAAUGGUCCCCCUCCAUUGUGAACCUCCUCUGUGGCUAGUGCCAGUGGUGCUUCUCACAGAAGGGGGCUUUGUGCUCGGCCCAGAGCAGGUCAGGACCAGCAGGAGGAGGGCUGGGAACCUGGGCAGAGUCCUCGUGAUGGCAGCUUUGUCACCUCAUCUCCC